AUGCCUGGAGAUUCAGGUGCUAGCACAGGAGGCAAUACGUGCGGCAUUGGUCUCUUUGACGGUGACGGCUUGCGAAUCGGUUUCAAGAGUGGCACUCGCGCUGGGAAGAUUAGUGACGGCAGAUACGUGGACAUCAAGGUCGAUCCACUUGAUAAUAACAACAACCGACCUCCGGAAUAUUUGUCGAUAGUGGGUGGCGGAAGUGACUCCUUGUGUGUUGCGUACCUUGCUGUCACUCCACCAAGCUCUGAAUACUGGGCAUUUUAUGGUGACAUUCCAAAGAAGUGUGGUGCUUGGUGGUACCACUCCAAUCUUGAAGUCCAGGUGCAGCAAGGAUCUUACUACCCAGCCUGCUUCUGGCUCACAUCUCCGGAUCUCAGAACAGGCAAGAAACCGCAUCCUUUCCCUCAGGGAUAUGGCAUCCACAUCACCGACUUUACGCCAUCACAAGACCGAGCAACACAGUAUAACACGUCUCUCGACACUAUGUGCAAGAGCGAUCCACGUUACAAGGCCUACGACUCUGUCACUGAGAUGAAUUGCUUGCCGGUCUUUAAUCCGCCACUCAUUUACGGCUCAAACUCUGUUGAUCCAGACUUCAACGCACUUAAGACUACUGGGAGCUUUAUGUGUGAUCCUCACGCCGAUGGAAAAGUAAUGCCAAAUAUUGAACAGGUGCGCCAGCUAGAGCAAUGGACGGGGGGGAAGAUCAGUGUGCCAACUUACGGCGUGAAGCGAUCCGAGGCACCAAAGAAAAGACAUGUCAAGACGAGGCAAAACAAUCUCCAAACUCAGGCUUGCGCAGAUAAUCACGUCGUCAUCAGCAGCCUUGAUCAGCAUACAGCCACUGAACUCUGCCAGAGCGCUGCUUCGAUUGGGCCUGACUUCGUGUCGACUAAAGAAAACUUGUAUUGCGAUAUGUGUAAGCAUGAGCUGUGGCCAGUCUGCUCGACGACUAUCACCGCUGCGUGUUUCGAUCUAAGUAGCAACACAGUCCGUGCUGGCACGGGAGUACAGGGGAGAGACGAGUCCAGCGGUAGAGAGGUCCCAUCGAAGUCAUUCAAUAAAGUGACGAAUUGGUAG